AGGGAUGGCGAGGUGAUGGCCCUGCCUGUCGCCUCAGUCGGGACACCUUUCCCUAUAAAGACAUCAUCUUGAUGUACUUAGAAAAGGCUAGGAGCUUUGUGAAUGGACAGUGUGAAGGAGUUGAGCCCUGGAAAUUGAUUGGAUUAACUUUUGCUUCUACUCUAAUAUUGGUAUGGAUGCAUAAUUUCCUCUUCCAACCAGAGAGUUUAACAUCAAGAAGUAAAAAGCAGUUCUUUAAACUCAUCAGGAAAAUGCCAAUUGUUGGAGGCAUAAUACAGAAGCAGAUAAACAAGGCUUUGGAUGAUGUAACCUCUAGUUUGCCCUUCCUGAAAGAUGAAAAGGGUUAUAUCAAAACACUGCCAGCACAAGGCAUCAGCCAAGAUGAGUUACUAGAGAAGAUAAAAGACUACAGCUCAAUGAGUGAAGUACAUUGGGAGGAUGGAAAAGUCUCUGGGACAGUGUAUAGUGGUGAAGAGAAACUCACCAAUCUGCUAGUGAAGGUGUAUGAGAAGUUUGCAUGGAGUAAUCCCCUUCAUCCCGACAUAUUCCCCGGUUUGAGGAAGAUGGAAGCAGAGGUGGUGAGGAUGGCAUGCACACUCUUCCAUGGGGGACCCAGUUCCUGUGGUGUUGUAAGUCGUCCACUUAACACAUGACCCUUCUAACUGGAU